UCUGAUCCCUUGAAGCUGUUACCAGUCAAAAGAAAACCCCUGAGUACGCUCCUCAACUCUGACUGUCAUGCCAGUGAGUGCUUGCAAGCUUGUCAGCUGUUUACACCCAGUUUAACCUCACAUCAAGUCAAGUUCUAGUGCGCUUCCUCAGCGAGAAUGCCAGAGAGAUGAUAAGAGAAAAGCCUCUGGAACUCACUCUAGCCAUUAUUAAGCCUCACGUGAUAAAGAACAGCUGUGCCUUGACGAAGAUCCGAGAUGUCAUCCUCAGAAAUGACUUUCAGGUCGUUAAGAACGACCGGGUGUGCAUCAGUCGCUCCUCCGCUGAGGAUUUCUAUGCUGAACAUUCCAAGAAGUUCUUCUACCAGCGCCUGGUGACUUUCAUGAGCAGUGGACCGUCAGAUGUGUACAUCCUGGCCAGGGAAAAUGCCAUUGCCAAGUGGCGAGAAUUGCUGGGACCCACAAAAGUCUACAAGACCAUCAUAUCCCAUCCGGAGAGCAUCAGAGGGAGAUUUGGCAUUUCAGAUACUCGCAAUGCAGCCCACGGAUCAGACUCUCAGGAGACGGCUGAGAAGGAGAUUAAGUUCUUCUUCCCAGCCUUCGAUGUGAAGCUGUGGCGCGCCAAAGACGAGGAGCUCUUCAGAAUGAGGCGGACUGUGUUCAAUCCGGAGAAGUUCCUUCAUGAGUUGUUAUGUUAGUCAUAGCUAAAGUAGCUAUAAGUAAUAAAA